CACGAGAGUCUUAGUAGCAAAGAAGUGGUGCGCAGUGAAACACUUUGGUGGUGUUCAUUGGCAUGGAGGUGUCCGACUCGUGCCCCGUCUGCCUUGAGUCCUGGAACAAGACGACCCACACGCCCAAGUUUCUCAGCUGCCACCACACCCUCUGCCUCGACUGUGCGACUACGCUCUUCGAAAAUGCCGUCGCUGGAGAGGGAGGAGGAAGUGGGGAGGAGGGAGAUUGGCAAGAGAGAAGGGGAAGAGGAAGGGGAGGGUUUGUAAGGAGGGGACGAGGAGACAGUCCCAGCGAGGAGGUCCCUUCCCUUCGAUCUCCUACAUCGAUCUCGAGGAGACUCAUCCAGUCCCGAAGGCCGGAGGGCCAUCGGAACCCCAAAGUGGCCAGCGACGUGAACAUCAUCUGCCCCAUGUGCAGGUCCCUCACGCUCGUCAGGGACCCCACCAGCCUGCAGACCAACUUCUACUUGGGAUCGCUCCGUCGCACCCCCUCCGUCCCCAGGUUAUUAUUAUGGUGUGAGACAUGCGACACCAUAGCCGAGCCUGCUUGCGGGGACCAUAAUGUCCAUCCCCUGCCAGACAGAGUCAAGUCUCUUAAGGGCGAGGUGACGUCAUCCGGCUUCCUCCUCCUGGAGGACAUGUGCUCCGUCCUGGCCGAACAGAACUGCCAUCUGCAGGUGUACAAGUGGCUCUGCGCCUUCCUGGACAGCGCCAGGGACCACGUCAAACAAACUUUCGUGAAAAACCACAAUAAUUACAAAAUAACUCUUGAAAGGAUACAAAUUCUUCAGGAACUGCUCGACGAGUGCGAGACCGUCUGUGCCAAAGAGGAAGAUGAAGAGAAGGUAACAGAGUUGUCGCGUCUCCAAAUGACUCUCCGGGCGCAUAACUCCUCUUGGUACUUUCCCUGCCCGUUCUCCAAAACCUGUUCUACAUCCACGGCGACUUCCAGCCUCCUGACAGCUUUCAGAAUGCGCACGUCAUCUUGGAGACGGGUGUCGACGGCGCUACGCUCUCCAUCUUAACCAAGUAUGAGACAGAGAAAGAGGAGGAAUCGGGAGAGGAAGAGAAGAGAGGGCAGGCGGAGGUGGAUGGCCUGAGGCGCUCUGUGCGGCAGCGAAGCCAGAACCACAAAAAGGUUGGCGACAAGAAAUCCUUGUCGUUCUCGGUCACAGACAUCGCGCAUCGACGCCUAGGACCGUCCAGGUCGCCGUCGACGCCUGCCAGGGCGUGUGGAACCCUUCCAGUCUCUUCCAGGGCUCCUUCGGGGAGUCGCAGAGGCGCACCGACCGUAAAUCCGGGAACAAACACCAUACCUUCCAGCCGGCGAGGAGGUCCUACGACAGCGACUUCUAACUCUGUAGGUCUUCUUGUUCCUGCUCCUAAUGCCCCUUCUCCGCCCGUUCCGUCCUCCUUUGUCGCGUCCCAAGACAGACACAGGUAUCCCGAGCUGGUCCUCAAGGACCUCCAAUUCGCUUCCUCUGACGCCGAGGAGACGCGGCCGCCACAGGAGGAGCAGGAGUCCCGCUUCCCCGAUGGCCUCGAGGCUUCUUGUACGCGUGCGCCCCCCCUUCCGCCACGGGCUUCAGAGCUCAUUGCUGUGAGUUUCUUAGAAUCUCGAGGAGAACCGUCGUCUCAAGAUGGGGGUGAGGCUGCCAGCUAUAUUUUGGAAUCCCUUGAAGAGCUGCCGUCCCCCGCAGAUAUGGAGCCGCAAGCUAGACCCCGAGGCAGGCUCAGGAGACCGAGUCGGAGGCCGGAGGAGCAGAAUCGCGGAAGAAGGCGACGGGGAAAUGCGUGCGUUAUCGUUUAAGCAGCUUACCAUCCCUUGUCUCUCACGCGUGGUAAACAAGUUAAGAAAUUACUGUGUCCUGUGAAUGUUAUUAAAUGUAGGUGACAUUAUUUGUAGAUGUUAUGGAAACUAGUGUUCUUAGUGUCUAGACUAGAGCACCGUUAGAAUAAAUCAUGUAAACCCAUCUUCAAAAAUAAUGGAUACUUUCAAGAAUGAAAUUUAUAUGGCUUAGUAUUUUCUACUGAAUGAAACUGUGGUUUGAAAUACAAGAACAUAUUUUCUGAAUAACUUAUGCGGUUUAAAUACUGCGUUAAUACUUUUGCUUACUUGAGCUUGUGUUUUGAUUAUUAUCAUACAUCUACAUACUGUUUUAUAUCAUUUUGUUUCUGUAUAGAUAUGGCUAUAUUCCCUUUUUAUACAUUCACGUAAACUGUAUUUCUUAUUUCAAUACACAUAUUCAUGAUGACAAUUGUAGGAAAGAUAUUAAUGAGAAUU